UUAAAAUUAACGGCAAACCCUAAGUCAUACAGAGGAUCUGGGGUUUCCUAUCUAGGGUUUCCUUGGAUAUCUCUCACCUUUAUCUCUGUUCAUAUGAGUUAUAUCUAUUGAAUCGAUGGCCGUAAAGCCUCAGAUCGUGUUCAAAUGGGACCAGAAUCGGGGUUCUUUUUGUUGGACUACUUUUGAUUGUUUUGAUUGAGUGAAUUUUAUUGCUUCUCCAAUCGUUAAAAAGAUAGUUGUUGAUAAUCGUAUUGUAUUUUGUGAAAUAUGGGGGGAUCGCAUAAAUCAAAUAGGGUUUCUUGGGCUUCAGGUGUAAAUCUUUGUCAGGUAAGGCUGUUUUUGUCAGAAGAAUCUCCUUCACAAAUUGGACUGGGCAUUCAAGAUGACCUCCAGGCAAAGACAUCAUGGUCAUUGCAUUCAACAGGAAUGGGAUCUGAUGACAAUUUGCCACCUGGCUUUGAAGGAACUGAACCGGCAAAUCUAUUAAAGAAUCGGUUGUCUCAAGUUCCUGUUAUCAAAUGGAGAUGUCCUCCCAGAAUUGUAUUGGAUUUCAAUUGGCGAGUGGUUGAUGGGGAAGAAAGUGACGAAGUGGAUGUUCAAACUCAGCGGGAAGUGAGAGUGCUUGAAGCAGUUUAUCCUCGCCCAUCUGCCAUUCCUCCAAAUCCUUCUGUGUUAAUGGGAGUAGAAGACUCUGCUUACAAUGAUCAGAACACUGCUCUGAUUCCCAUCACUCCAGUCGAAGAGGAAGAUGUAGCAGCAGAUACUUCAUCUGAUUAUAUGACAUCAAACACUCUUCCCAUGAGCUCACAAGCUCAACUAUUGGCUCCUGGCACUUCAGCAUCUCAGUGCAGUGCUGCGACUGAUCCAAAACCUUCUGCCAAUGGAAUUCUGCCUACAGGAAUGGCUUCUGGUGUAGAACCUGAUGUCUUUGCGGCAGCAUAUACUGCCUUGAAUGCAGUAAUAUCAAAUAAGAAUGAAGGGAGCUUGAUUGACCAUGACUUGCUCAUCAGAAUUCUCAGCAACCCACAAUUGAUGGAGAAUUUCGUUACAAAUCAUGGAGAAACCAGUAACCCACGACUUAUACCCAAACCAAGGUCAUCCGGAAUAACGAUUUCUGAUCCUUCUCCAAUCCACACUUAUAGAACAGAAACUGUUUCAUCCUCAUUGGCAGCUACUCCUAUUGCACCAUUCUACCCUCUGCCAAGUAGGAUGACACAUGUUCCUAAUCCACUGCCUCCUCCACCUGAGGUCCUUUCAGCUUCCACGCCAACUGUGGGAGCUCCUGUGGCAAGGGACAUCAGUUAUUACAAGAGCUUGAUUCAGCAACAUGGGGAAGAAAGACAAGAGACCCCACCACAAUUUGAUAGCCGUCACAAUGCGCACCUGGGAGUGAAGCCAGAAUCAGUGAAUAACCCUAACCCAAGGGAUCCAAAACCAAAGAUUAUGAAGCCUUGCAUCUACUUCAACAGCUCUAGGGGAUGCCUGCAUGGGGCCAAUUGUUCAUAUCUGCAUGAUCCAUCACCCCAGCAGCAGCGGGUAAGUGGCAUGCCACCAGAAGUGCAAAGUGGAAAGAGAAUGAAAAUGGAUAGAGAGAUUACUGGUUUAUAAUCUUGCAGUUAGCAUCACUGUAUUUUUCUUUUGGAUUUGAUGAUGGAAGCCGAUGGAAGCCGCAGCCUUUUACUCUACCUGUGACUUAAUUUUGCCGCAAAUUAUAAUCAAUUCAUUUUAUUUAUUUCUCUUAUCAGUCACCUGCCUGCUUUGGUAACCAGUGGAUAGGGCUGUUAAUCAAAUCGAGUUAUUCGAGCUUGGUUUGGAUUCGGUUUGUUUUUUACUCAUUCGUGCUUGACUCGUUUUCUAAACGAGACGAAUUUCAACAUUUUUAGGCUCGGUUAAAAAAAUUAGUUUUUUAGGCUCGGCUCAAAUUCAUUGUACUAUCAGCCCUACUGGUGGAUGAGGAGCUUGACAGGUUCCAGCAAUUUUACCUAGUUAAAUACAAGUUUUGACUGGCAU